AUUUUAUCGUCUGCUAGAUCGUUAAAGCUACCUGUCAGAAAAAUCUUAGCAAAACUAUUUGUUUAAUUAAAUCAGUUAAUUCAUAAUCUGAUAUUAUAGCCACAAGCCAACUGUAAAUGGCUUCAUUCAACGAUAAUGCUCCUCUCCUCCUCCGCCAGAAGUGGUUGAACUUGACCGAAGGCAUAGAACGUGAUGUCGUGGAAUCUUGGUGGAAUGUGAUAGAAGAGGAGCUUUCAAAACCCAGUAGAAAAUAUCACACAUUUUCUCACCUCCAGAGCAUGUUCUGCCACAUGGAAUCGGUUAGCAACGAAAUUGAUGACAAGAGAGCAGUUUCUUAUGCGAUUUUUUUCCACGACUUGGUGUAUGACCCCCAAAAGCAGGACAAUGAAGAACAGAGUAUAGAACUCUUCAGGAAAUUUGCUCAAGAAUCAGGUUUGGGUGAAGACACAGACCUAAUGAAUAAAGUCAUAGAAAUGAUCGCAGCAUCACAGGCUCACUGUACAGAGGUUCACAAAGAAGAAGGGUCUUAUGGAAACGACGAUGUCCACUACUUUUUAGAUUUUGAUAUGAGCAUCCUGGGUUCUGAACCAAAAGAAUAUGAGAAGUAUGCUGCACAAAUUAGUGAAGAAUAUUCAUUUCUACCAUCAUUUAAGUAUGAUUUCUUGCGUUCAAAGGUACUGAAACUUUUCCUCCAAAUUCCAAAUAUUUAUGCAACUAGACUAUUUCGUGAGAAGUACGAGCGACAAGCCAGAGAAAAUUUACAAAACGAGAUCGACCGACUAUCUUCGAAAGCCACCGCCGUUUGAAUUGUCACUUGUGGUGUCAUACUAGUGCCAUGAUGUUGUGUCAUUGUUUUGGUGUUGCACAUUGAAGAGAUUUAUAAUGCAAAGGCUCAUACUAGUACUAGGAAAAAGACAAUUUUUAGAAAUCCUGGAUAAAAGCCUUUUUGGAUGUAAAUGUCCUUUAUAUUGUGAAAUGCAUUGUACAUAUGAUUUUUCAAAACUGUUUGUAUGAGUUUAAAAAAAGAAAAAAGUACAUUUUUCUGUUAAUAAAAAU